CCCCAGUCCAAACAAAUCAAUCACUGACGACCUUGGACGCCUCGUUGAUUUUUUUUUCUGCACCUCGAGUCCAAAUUCGAAAAUCCAUUAUUCACAAAUCAAAUCGACGACACAAUCCCUCGCAUCCGCUAUUUUCCACCCCGUACUGCAGCAAGAAGCCUCUCCACGCUUCAGACCCUUCUUCACCCUUCUCGCCCGCAAAAGGUUUGAAUUCUUUAGACCUCGAAAAAAAUCAGUGCGUUCCGAGCUCACUUUUGCGCCCUGUGAUUUGACCUAUCCGCGCGACUUUGGACGAUCGGCGCCCACCAAUCAUCCGCACCUCAGAUCAUCCUACCUUACCUACCUCCCUUUGGUACCUUGACUACCUUACCUAGACAUAAACGACGCAGACGGCUGUUCAAGUCAAGACCUCUUUGACCAGACUCGGCCAUCUCUACCUGAUCGACGAUCUGUCGAUAACUUUUUUCUUCACUCGCGCCCUACCACCUCCAAAUCACAUAACCGUCGCAAACAUGGCCACCAUGCCGACAAACGGUAAUGUUAAUCACCAGGACCAGAACGCUGCGUCCGCCUCGUCCCGCAGCCAGUCCAACACUGAGUCUAGCUCCUUGUCCAAGGACGAGGUUGGCUGGUACUUCGUGGAGCAGUACUACACCACCCUGAGCAAAAACCCGGAGCGCCUACAUCUCUUCUAUGGAAAACACUCUCAGCUUGUUUAUGGACUCGAGGCCGAGGUUGCGAACGUGUCUGUUGGUCGUCAGCAAAUUCAAGAGCGUAUCAAGUCCCUUGACCUGCAAGACUGCAAGGUCCGCGUUUCCAACGUCGACUCUCAGGCUUCCGAGGAGAGCAUCGUGAUUCAGGUUAUUGGAGAGACGGUCAACAAGGGAGGCGAGCCCAAGAAGUUUGUCCAGACCUUCAUCCUCGCCAAGCAGCCGUCCGGAUACUUUGUUCUCAACGAUAUUCUGCGCUACAUCAACGACGAUGCGGAAGAGGAUGCCGCAGAGACCGCUGCGGCUGAGGAGGAGGCUGCCGCCCCCGAAACACAAGCUGCCGCUGAGCCAGAGGCUGCCAAAGUAGAGCCAGAGGCUGCCAAACCUGAGGCCGAGGCCGCCGAGGUCGAUGCCGCCGUCAGCAAGGAUGCGGAGAAGACUGCCGAGAGCAAGGAGGCUCCCGCUGCUGAGGCUGCUUCAACCCAGCCAGCUACUCAGAAGGACGCCGUUGCCACUCCCGCCAAGGCUGAGAGCGCUGCUGCCACCCCCGACCCUGAGAAGGUGGCCGAGGAGAUCGCCGAGGAGGAGGUCAAGAAGCCAGAGCUGCCCAAGGACCCAAGCCCGACCCCUGUUGCACCUCGCCCUGCUGCUCCUGCCGCUGCCGAGCCAGAGAAGGCCAAGGAGCCACCCAAGCCUAUGACCUGGGCUAGCAGGGCUGCCGCUGCCGCUAGACCUGCUGUCGCUCUGCCGAAGCCCGCCGUCCCCGCCGCCGCUCCUGCCGCACGCCCUGCUGCUGCCGCCCCCGCCGCUACUCCCGCCGCCGCUGCUCCUGCCGCUGCUGCACCCAAGCCGGCCGCCCCAGCCCCUGCCGCUGAGGCCCCCGCUGCUCAAGAAUCGGGCAGCGAGUGGCAAACAGCUGGUGCCGAUUCCAAGCGCCAGAAGGGAUCCCAAUCCGUUGUUGGUGCGCCCCAAGAAGACAAGGGCACUCUGGGCUACGUGAAGUUUGUUACCGAGAAGGUCAAGACCGAGAAUCUUAAGACUCAUCUCUCUUCCUUCGGCGAGCUUGUCUACUUUGACAUUAACCGCACCAAGAACUGUGCUUUUGUCGAGUUCGCCAACAUCGCUGGCUACACAGCCGCAGCUGCCGCCAACCCCCACACUGUUGACGGCGAGCAGAUUUACGUCGAGCCCCGCAGGCCGAAGGCUAGCGCCUACGGUGGCAGCAACUACAGCAACCGGGGAGGCAGUGUCCCGGGCCGCGGACGUGGUGGCUUUGACGGCAACCGCUCCGGAAGCCAGGGCGGCCGUGGCAGCUACGGCAACCAGGGUCGUGGUGGACGUGGCGGCGCCCCCAGGGGUCGCGGUGGCGUUUCGCAACCCACCAACGCAUAGGUCCUUCUGACUUGUUAUUUCAAGAGCUCGAGCUUCUUCACAGAGCUAUGAGCUGGUGUGUUCACAGCCCGAACAAGACUAAACGGGAUUCUCGGGGUCUCUGUCAAUGGGAGAAGAUUCACCACCAAGGGUCGAAUAUACGGGUGAUCAGUGGAGGAAAUACAGCAAAACCAAAAGGAUGUGCAUUUCGGCAGGAGUUUGAGGUCGAGUUUUUCGGAUCUUUUGAAGGACGAACCCAUAAGUCAGUCAAUCCAUUUGCACGGGCAGAGCUAGCGCGUAGAGGGUAUGGUCUCGAAAAGUUACAAAGUUGGCUUUUGGGGAGUUGGUCUUGGGACUGGUCUGGUUUUUUUUUUGUUUCCGUCUCAUAUUUUUCUUUGUUCUUGGGUUCUUGUGUUUGUCAACGCCGGCAGGGAAUGAUGGGUAAGGGAAUGGCCGAGAAUGGCACUGGCAGGCUGGCGACAUAGCUCUGAUACCUUGCUCUUGUCGCUGAUUUUUUUCUUUUUUCCUUUCACUCCCUCAACCCCCUUUUUUUAUUGUCUUUUGCUUGUUUUUUUUGGUUCCCCACGGCGUGUACGACUUGUAUUGGCCAAAGGGUUCAAGAAAACAAGGGAGCAAGAGCAAACUCGGGUCCGGGUCAUGAACGCCAUUAAUUUGUUUUGAUCUCGGAGUUGGCUGGCGGGAUCUCUGGGAACGUCUGGUUCUCUGUAACUUUUUUAUUAUUAUUAUAAUUUGUGCAUGCGGGCUUUCUUGGCCCAAAACCUCGUGGGAUCCAAGGGCGAGUUGUCGGGGAGGUUGGUUUUUGCUCAGUGAUCCUCUGGGGACAUUGUCCAGUAGGAGAGUUAUCUUUUGAUACCCUGGUAAAUAAUGACCCCUCGCAUGUGCGAAUCCAAUGAAACGAAUUUGAUGGAUA